AUGUCCGACACCUCGGUGACAACUCCCAGGGUAGCCACCCCUCCCAAAGGCGCUUCCCGGGUAGAAGAUGGCAAGGUCAGAAAGUUGAAGGCAUCCUACAAGAGCGAGACCCCUGCGGUUCAACACAUCAAUGGUAAAACAUAUGCUUGCGAGUCCUGCAAGCGAGGCCACCGAGUACACAAAUGCGACCAUGGCAAGACGAGACCUAUCUCUGAGACCAAUCAACCCGGCCGUCCCUCGGCAGGUACGAAGAGGGGUUGCCAAUGUCCCAGGAACUGCGCCUGCACCACAAAGACCUGUAAAUGCGAGAGGGAUUGUGCUUGUACGCAGGAGAUGUUUCUCAUCGUUCGCCUCGAUAACCCGACCGUUGUCUCCAGAGAAUCUACGUCGACACCCAAGCCAGUCUGGGAGGAUUCAGACGGCACGCGGUUGACUCUGAAAAAGGUGUGGGCGGACGCCAAUGGCAAAGAGAUUGACGACGACGAAUAUGAAGCACGGAAACGCCGAAUGAAGGAGAGACAAGACGCUGCCAAAGAUGCUCCAAAGACAUCUUGUUGCUCGGGAAAGACGCCGAAAGAAGAGCCCGAUUCUCCCAAGGGUGGAUGUCGACAUCGUCAAAAUGUCGCCGCAAUUCAACCUCAUCCUGGCCCUUCGAUACGAGAUUCUGGGCUGCCAUUGCAUGCUCCAACGCCGACCUCCGAACCAUGGAUGUCAAGUUGUUCUUGUGGCUCUGGCUGUUCCUGUCUUUACUGUCCAGACCAUCCUAACAACGCGACCUCCAUCAAUCAUGCUCAGCAACAGGUCAAGAACCUUGCCGAACAGGCGUAUAUUGGAGGUCACGCCCUAACACCGGUGCCUUCCAACUCCGAGAACACGUCCAGGUCUUGCAUGGGCGGCCAACCUUCAUUCUUCCUCUCGAGCACACCCGAUGUCUCUCAGCACCAGCUUCAACAGUUCUUCUCUGACACACUGAAUCCGAAUGCUAUCUACUUAGCGUAUCCUAUUCAGCAACAUUCUUGGACGAAUCGGCCCCUUAGUUCCCAUUGUUCCCGUGUCCAUUCACCGUCCGAGGUCAUGACAAUAUCCCCCGACACUUCAGACAUGUUCCCCGAUCCCCUUAGCGACAUGCCAAUACCUCUGCAUGCACCGAACGAUGUUAGUGGCACGUGGGAUUUCUCGGGUAAUCAGCUGGGAAGGAGCUCGUUCAGCUGGACUGGCUUGGACGCCUCUUACGGGACCGACUACAAUAUUGGCCAAGCUACAGUAGCCUCGAUAUCCAACAGUGCACCCCCUCAGAUGCUGCCAGCGCCUAACGCAAUUGAGACGCCAGCAAUCGGCGUUAACUUGAACACAGUGACGAAUCAUUCUUUACCGAUACAUUUCACGGAUACCUUGCCCCAGCUUGACGAAAACGCCUUCGUCGACUUCGACGGGCCAGUUUCUUCCGAUCAGCCCAACGGAAACACUUCGAUGGCCAAUCAUUUUAGCCACGAAACGGUCCCCACGUUCAAUGUGCAGCCGAUACAAGGAGGUUGUUGCUCAACGCCUUUCGCCGACUUUGACUAUUCCCAGGACUCCGAGUUCAACAUGAAUGGAAUAUCAAGGACGAACUCACCCAUUAUGAAUCGCGUAUAG